AUGGACUGGCCAGCUCCAAUGGACACCGAUGCCCUGAAAAUGAAAGAGAAAAGACUCAUCAGACAGCCACAUUCCUACACAUGUUCAGCCAAAAAGGGGGAUGAGUGUGACUCGUCUACAAAUACUCCAUCCAAAAGAUUACCACCGCUAAAGAAGCAAACACGUGGUGAUGCUAUGGAAGAGUUAACGCUAACUCAGUCUGUUUGUCUGUCUGCCUGCCUGUCUGUCUCUUUAGGAGUUCAUACACUACAGAGGAUGUUUGGCUGUGAGCUUGAUGAUGACGGCACCACUAGAGGAUACGAUCAGUAUGGUUAUGAUGGAGAAGAUUUCAUCAGUCUGAAUCUGAAAACUGCAACCUGGACUGCAGCUAAACCUCAAGCUGAGAUCUUUAUAAACAACUGGGAUUCUAGAGGACAAGAGGCUAAAUACUGGAAGGACUUCCUGCAGCAUGAGUGUAUCCAUUCAUUAAAGAAGUAUAUGUCUUAUGGCAGAGAGACUCUGAACAGAAAAGGGGUUUUAAUAUUUAUGCCUCUGUGUGUCUCUGCAGUUCGUCCCGAGGCGUCAGUGCUCCAGAAACACUCUCCUUCUGCAGAGGUGGUGUGUCAUGCUACAGGUUUCUUCCCCAAAGCAGUGGUGAUCUCCUGGCAGAAGGACGGAGAGGAGGUGCAUGAGAACGUGGAGCUCAGAGAGACGUUACCCAACCAGGAUGGAAGCUUCCAGAAGAGAAGCAUUCUGACAGUUCCAGCUGAGGAGCUGCAGAAACACACCUACACCUGCGUGAUUCAGCACAGCAGCUUGGAGAAGGAGUUAGUGCUGCCUGUGAGAGAUGGAGGAUCAGAUGGAGGAUCAGAUGAAGUGUCAGGUGGAGGAUCAGAUGGAGGAUCAGAUGGAGCACCGAUUGCUGUCAUCGUUGCUGUAGUCGCGGCUCUCGUUGCUCUCGUUGCUGUUGUUGCUGGAAUUGUGGUCUGGAAGAAGAAGAACUCUGACUUUAAACCUGUUCCACCAAACUCCAUGAGCUCCUCUGAAGAAGAUUCUUCCUCUGAUGACAGAAUGAUUGCCUGUCUUCCUGCAGAACCACGAGAGAGGAGGAGGAGGAGGAGGAGGAGAUGGAGACAAAUUUAAAACUUUAGUACAGUU